UAGCUAUUUAAUUAAAAUAAAUAAAUAAUUUAUUACGUGCUGGAACUCAAUCCUCCCCUCUAUCCCUCUCGAAACCCUAGAUUCGAUUAGUCUCCCUUCUCCCUUCCUCGAUUUCUAGGGUUUCGUCGCAAUCGAUGGCGGAUCGAGCAAUAGCAACGUCAGCGACGAAGCCAGUAUGGAUGAAGCAAGCAGAGGAGGCCAAGAUCAAGAACGAGGCCGAAGAAACCGCCGCCGCAAAGGCCGCCCUUGAGGCGACCUUCAAAGCCCUAAGGCCUCCAAGGGCUGCCUCGCCUCCGAGGCCGACGCCUCCUCCGACGAUGACGACGAUGCGGACUCUGACCUCUCCCAGCAGGCCCGCGGGCCCGAUGACCCGUCCGAAGUGCCUCGCCGCUGGAGCCGGAAUCGCUGGAGGAACCGCCGGCGCCCCGUCCACCUUCACGGUGGUCGCGAAGGACUCCGACGGCCGAAGGAUAUCGAUCGGUGGGGCCGACGUCAAGGUCAAGAUCUCGCCUGGCGUCGGUGUCGGGGGAUCUGAUGUUGAAGGGAUCGUGAAGGAUCAGAACGAUGGGAGCUAUGCAGUGACCUAUGCUGUGUCUAAGAGAGGGAAUUAUAUGGUUCAUGUCGAGUGCAAUGGGAGGCCGAUCAUGGGCAGCCGAAUAUGGUGAACCAAAUAUGCCUAAUAUGCUAAUUAUUCCGAUCGGUUGUCGGGCUUUUCCGGCUUUAUCGGGAUGGUGCCUGAUGGUUCAGGAUCUUCUGGUGGAGUUUUGAUGCCGGGGAUGACCGGAGGUGAGAUUUGUUUAAUUUAUUUGAAUGGUAAUUGGUUGAAAGCUCUACUAAGUUUGCUGGUUUGUAGGAUGAGCACAAUGGGGAAUCAUCAGCAGCCGAUGGCGCCCUCUGCUGCUGCAAUGGCAGCAGCUCAGGCGAUCGUGGCGGCAGCAGCGUGCACAAGGCAGGCACGAGUCGGCGCAGGCGAUUCAGGAUCGCUUGACCCAGCUGCGAAAGCUGAUGUCUUGAAAAGGACAUUGCAAGUUAGCAAUCUGAGCCCACUUCUUACAGCGGAGCAUCUUAAACAACUAUUUGCUUACUGUGGUACUGUCGUGGAUUGUAGCAUUACAGACUCAAAGCACUUUGCGUAUAUAGAAUUCUCAAAACCAGAAGAAGCUACUGCAGCUCUGGCCCUGAACAAUAUGGACGUAGGGGGGCGACCACUAAAUGUGGAGAUAGCAAAAUCCCUCCCAUCCAAGAGUGCAUUGCCCAACAAUUCUUUACCAUUAGCACUGCAGCAAGCAGUUGCUAUGCAACAGAUGCAGUUUCAGCAAGCUUUGCUCAUGCAACAAACAAUGGCUUCCCAGCAGGCUGCUUCUCGAGCAGCAACAAUGAAGUCUGCGACAGAUAUGGCAGCAGCAAGAGCUCUUGAAAUAAGCAAAAAGUUGAAGGCAGAGGGAUUAGUUGGCGAUGAUAAUGACAUGAAGGAAGCCAACAGGAAAUCUGGGUCCUCAUCUCCUUCUCGCCGCAAAUCUAAAUCUAGAUCAAGAUCGCCUAUUAAGCAUCGGCGUAGCAGGAGGUCUCGUUCUAUUUCUCCAUCAAUCAGAUUCUCCAGACAUCGAAGGUCACGAUCACCAAUUAGGUAUCACCAUUCUAGUCGUGGCAAUGAAAGAAGGUCAUAUAAAGAUGAUAGGGAUAGCUAUAUCAGGGGUGGAAGGCGAGAGAUGGAAAGGUCUCGUGAUCACCAAUCUUCUAGUUCAAGAAGAAACAUGAGCAGGAGUGCAAGUCCUCGUGCAAGAAAACCAGAGCGAACUGGUUCCAUAUCGCCAAAGAACCGCAGGGAGAGCUCAAGCCCUCGAACGAAGAGGUCAUCUCGAGCAAGUUCGAGGUCACCAGCGAAGCAUCAUGAAGGAAAUAGAUCUCCAACCCGCGAACAUAGGAAUGGUACUUCCCAUCGCAGUAGGCAUUCCAGAUCCAGAUCUCCUGAGAGAAAGCACCAUACUAGCAGUAAAGAAUAUGCAAAAGAUUACGAAAAAUCAGAGAGAAAGCACCAUACUAGCAGUAAAGAAUAUGCAAAAGAUUACGAAAAAUCAGAGAGGAAGCACCAUUAUAGUAGUAAAGGACAUGAAAAAGAAUCUGACAAGUCAUCAGCAGAGAAGAAGCACUACUCUAGGAGUAAAGAAGAUGGGAAAAAUUCUGAAAAAAUGAGUAAAGAUGUAAAAGAUUCUGAAAAAACAAAGGAUGAGUCCAGGAAAUCUGACCGAAUUGAUGCUGCCAAAAAUUCAAGAGGUUCAAGGGAGCCAGCAGAUGAUAGGAAUUUGGAUUUGUCUGUAAUCGAUCAUAAGAGGAGCUCCUUACCAGAGGAUGGAAACACAAAUCAUGAGCGAGAAAGCAAUCAUCAUAAAAGGUCAAAACUUGAUGAUCAAAAUACCAAGGGAUCUGAUACAGUAGGUAAAGAUCAAAAUGGUACCAGAGAAGUCUUGGAGUCCAUUGAAGAAAAAAGGUCCGUGCAUAAGAGAAGAUCAACAUGUAAUGAUGAUGAUAUUGAAAAUAGAGAAUCAGGAAGACAUGAGAGGUUAAGCUCAAGUUAUAAGAAACAUGAGAGAACUGACUCUGGUACUAAGGAAAGAGACUCGUCAGCAUAUGAAUCUUCUCGAUAUAGAGAUGACAGGAGGUCUUCACAUCAUUCUAGUUCAAGAUCUCAUAGGAGUUCGGGGCAUACGGAGAAAAGAUCUUCUAGAGAUUCCAAAAGUCAUCGCAAGGAAGAGAAGUCAGAAGAGGACUAUGAAAAGUCUCAUCGAGCUGAUACCAUAGUCAAGGAAUCUAGGUCAUCAGAUAAAACGUAUGAUAGAUUGGAGGCUUUUUCAAAGAUGAAGACUGAUAGGUCAAGGUCUUAUUCACCUGAGGAUGAAGUUCGAGGGGGUCUAAAAGGCUCCAGGGAACAUACAGAGAAUUAUCCUGAAAAAAUUGAUCCUUUGGCGGUUAAACCAGACACUGGUUGUAGCAGUCUUGAGGGUGAGAAACAAGAUUCUAGAUUUGAUCAUAACUUAAAGAGAAGUCCAAAGCUACAAGAUCAUAAAAUAUCUUUUAGCACAGAAAACCAUGGUCUACGUAAGGCAUCAGAACUCAAGAUGCAAAAUGGGGGAAAUUCUAAUUUAUUUGCUCAUAAAGAUUACGAUGUUCAACAUGCAUUGAAUCCUGAAGAUGGAACCGUCAAGAAUAUGGAAGGUCCAACACCAAAUGGCUUGGCUGAAGAGGUCCCUAAAAUGGAGGCUGUGGAUCCUAAUAUGGAGAUAAUAAGCAGGCAGGAUCAAGAUUUCGGUCAUGGGAAUAGCUUGGCUACACAUACUCCAGCUUUUGAUGCUUAAGACUGUUUCACCAUAUAAGUUGAAGUUGAUCCCUGGGCUUCAACUGCUACCUAUCAUAAUGUUAAUUAACUUGGCUUGCUUCUGAUCUAAAAGUUCUGUUUUCAGGAAUGAAGAUACUAUUCUCACAAGAAGAGCUUGAAUUGGCAUCACUGGCUUUGCCGACAUAUAUAGUUUGCUUUGCAAUUCGAGUAGUUUGAUGUUCGCUUAGUAAUUUGUCCGGUAAGUUCGUCAUUGAUACACUGUCCAGCUGGCCAAAAUCUGCGCAUGUUUGUUCUUGCAGGUCCUGAAAGACCUCAGUGAAAUAUAUUUGAGAUUGGGGUUUUCUUGAGGGUUGUGCUCUGUACACUCGCCAGUUAAGAUUUAUAUUGUUGGAUAAUUGUAAUGAGCUGGGCUAACAAAACUGUUGAUGUUUAUCCUUAUAUUAGGUAGAGAAACUUUUCAAUUGGACUACCUAGUUGCCUCCUAAGUGUUCCCUUUUUAUUUGCACAAAUGUCUACCUGAAGCGGUAGUGUUGUUUGGUCCGUAUGGACUGGUAAUUUAGUUUCUGACAAAUGCAGGGACUUUGCUGUUAACUACUUGAUUGAAUUUCUGGGAUGGUGGGGACUUCCUUUUCAAUGAGGAUGAUACCUGUUCGUUAUCUAGAGCAUUCGUCUCUGGCAAGGACCGCACAUUUCUGUAUGCAUGCAGGGAUCUCGAGAACUGGCGUUUUUUCGUUUGAUAAGGCUUCUUCUCCUAAUACUUGUGUUGUUGUUCGUGUUGGCUGAUAAUAGUGGCUUUAUUGACAUAUAUUAUUAGGUGUUCGACUCUGUUUAGUUUGCUUCUCGUGAUAUGAAAAACAUGUGCAGGUGCCCGGAGUGAACUGCUGUUGGUGCAUCAUUGGAGUGACUUCACAAAGUUCUUUUCUAUUGCAAAGAGGUAUGCGGAAUUAAGCAGGAAUAGUGUUGCAAAGUUACUUCCAAAUUUGCAUGGUUUUUAUUUCGUCCUCAAAAAAGAACCUGGACGUUAUGCUAUAUCUCUUAAGCAGCCCUCAGCUUUAACUAAUUAAGGAGAUUGGUCUUGUUUAUUUAAUUUUAGUUCCUCCCCCUUUCUCCCUUUUCAUUUUAGUUGUCAUAUAAAUUAGGUAAGCUGCAACUAACACAGAGUGGUGGAGGUGCUACUGCUUCACCAUGCCCGUCUUGGCCAGAUUGUAGUGUCAUGAUCUUUAAUUCAUAGAUGACUUUUGAUCUCAUUAGGUCACAUGCAACAAACAUAUUGAUCUUACUAUUUCCUCACCGUGUAAACAAAUCCAACCUGGAGAAAGUAUUUUUUUGACUUUUGCCUUUAUUCUUUUCAUAUUAUUGACUAGGCAGAAAAACCAAUUUGCUCUGAUCUUUUUAUCCUAUUAUUUCCACAAAGGGCUGUAGUAUUAUUAGCUUCCUUUGUUGAGUUUUUUUACUUCUUGUGGACAAAAUCUUAACUUUUAACUUACAGAUAUGUAGCACGGACACGGAUCCGACACGGCCAUCCGACACGCCGACACGAGGAAAAUCCUAAAAAAUACAUAGGAUACGUGUGUUCGACACGUGUGUCCGACACGGACACGACACGGCUUCAUGUUAUGCGUGUCCGUGCUUCAUAACAGAUGCUAACUCACGCAUGUAGCUUGGUCGUAAGUCUGAUAUUCUGAUGCACCCAUGCUAAUUAGCUCUAGAGUGGUAGUUUGUGCUCCACGAUUAGUCAUUCAUUUGACCAUGUUUCUUCUGAAACACAGUCAUUAGUAAUUUCUUUUAAUGAGUUUUAUGUGCCAUUCAUAUAGGUAAUUUAACUUCCUUUGUUCUUUUCUUUUUUUUUUCUUGUUCUUUUUACCCUCCUUUUUUCCAUUCUUCGUCCUUCUAAGUAGGAUCUGCUGUGGAUAUUUGGACUUGAAGGCUAGCUGCAGACUUUUCGAUUUUCUUGCUCCAGUUAGGACCUUCAGAUUGUUUUAUACUUUCUAGUAAAUUGAUAUCUAUUUACCUGUUCA